GGUAUGAUAUUGCGAUGAAAAGGAAUACUUCAAUAAUGCAGCAUUUUCUUCUAAUUUAUAGACAAUUCAAAAAUACCAUUCUCGAUAAGGUGUACAUGGGUGAACCAAUGUACUAAUGCCAUGCAACCACCCCCUCAUAUAAGACGUGGUAGCAAACCGGAUGGGCCGAGCCGAUCCAAACAAACCGGCACGUUCGCACUCGACCGUUUGGUAGCAAACAUGUAACACUUCGCCACUCCAUUUCUACCUCACCUACUUCUCUCUGCAUCCGGAACCCUCAGAACCCAGCUUUAUACUCGGAAAAUUCUCUUGCUACGGCAGAAUGAACGCCACUGAAUCGAGGUCUGCGUGGCCUCUCAUUUGGAUCAACGGUUUCCCUGGCACAAGCAAAUAUAGGAUCGCAAAGCUCACCGCGACUCUUCUAAGCGAUGGCGACCCUCUGUUGAUACACAACCACAGUCUAAUCGACCCGGUCGAUGCAAGAUACUCGCGAGAUCAUCCAGACUAUCAGCAGGAAAGACGCCGGGGGAGAGAGGCUGUGUUCAAGAGUCGUGUGGAAGACCCAGCCUUUCGGGCCCGCAUCAUCAUCUUCACUGAUUUCCAAUCCAACAAUGACCUUGGUCGUGACGUGGCAAGAGAAUAUGAGGCUGCCGCGUUACGGGCUAAACGUUCUUUCUUGCCUGUUUACCUCGAGUGCGACGUCAAAGAAAACAUACGGAGAGUGACAAGUCUCGAACGGGGAAGCAGUGCAACUACGAAGCUCUUGAACCCGGAGAUCCUAGUAGACAUGCGAUCCAGGUGCCAGCUCUUUCAUUUCGAUAGUGUUGAGGGGAUCACUUUUGACGUGACAGAUAUGGGACCAGAAGAAGCAGCUGAAGCUCUAGCAAGAGAGGUAAAGAGAGUUAUCAGUGACAUGGGGAAACAUCAGAGAUAGAAGGGUUCAGUCAGCAACCCUUCUUUGCAAGGACCCGAGCAAAUUUGGGGCCUGCUUAGCACGACUCCAUCUCUCGUCUGUGUUGUAAGCAUUCUGCGACAACACAUUUUGUUAACCCCUUCUCAAUCACUUCGAACUAGUUCGAGGCCUAGUAACAGAAACUUAACCCGCUCCAGUCUUGCCACAUGCAGGUAUUGAGCAUAGGGGUUA